CUCAGCCUUCCUCGAUCACUACCCAGCAGAGAGUGGAGAGUAGUGAGGCUGUCGUGUCUCUUUCCGAGGCCGGAUGGUAAAAUCCAACCUCCAGCGGAUCCUAAACAGUCAUUGCUUUGCUCGCGAGAAAGAAGGAAAACAACAGACCCUCAACACCAUGGCGAAUUUAGAAAGUGGUAUCUGUGACAUGAUUAAGAAUCUGUCCCUGCACUGUAGUAGUACCCGCGGCCCAGGGCCUCUGUGGUGCUCCGAUGUCCCUCUCCCACCCCUGAAGAUCCCAGGUGGGCGAGGGAAUGGCACGCGGGAUCACGUUCCUUCAGCUCGGCCGCUCUAUACAGACCGAAAGUUGACAGUUACAGAAGAGCCUGCGGGGAAUGGGCGUCCUGGAAUACUCCACUUCCAAAGUCGUCCUACAGUUACCAAGACGAUACAAUGGGACGCUGUCCUCCAGAGUAGUGCACUCUAUGUGGAGAUUCCUCUUGACCCUCUUCCUGAAGGCAGCAAGGAGAGUUUCGUUUCUCUCCUGGAAUUUGCUGAAGAACAUCUGAAAGUUGUUAGUGUGUUUGUAUGCUUUUACAAGAACAGAGAUGAUCGUGCUAAACUGGUGCGUACCUUCAGUUUCCUGGGCUUUGAGAUUGUGAAACCAGGCCAUGCCCUCGUCCCACCCCGACCCGAUGUUUUCUUCAUGGCCUACAACUUUGACAGGGACUCUUCGGAUGAUGAGUAGCUCUCAUUACAUCUGCAACUUUUUUUUGUUUGUUUCCCAUUUUAGAUUAUUCAUAUACUCCAUGCGUAAACCUAUCAAAACCUGUAAACCCCGUGCUGUAGCAGUCUGAAUCCAAGUUGUUCAUUUCCGACGCUUUUCUUGUGUUUCAGGGAAUAAAUAAUAAGCUGAG